AUGGUUACUCGAUUAUCAACAAAAUUCAUGAACAUUUGCAUAUCCUCAAUGUGCAAAUCGAAGCAACUAGUAAAAGCCGAAGUCGUUUUAAUAGACGCCAUUAAACUAGGUGUACUCCCUGAUACUAUUACAUACAACACAUUAAUCGAUGCGUAUUGUCGUUUCGUCAGCAUCGAUGCAGGUUACACUAUUCUCAAUAGAAUGAAAGAAGCAGGAAUUAACCCUGAUGUUGUUUCCUAUAAUUCAUUGAUAUCAGGUGCUGUUAGAAAAUGUUUGUUAUCGAAAUCCCUCCAACUGUUCGACGAAAUGCUUCAGUCAGGAAUACCCCCGGAUGUGUGGAGUUAUAAUAUUUUAAUGCAUUGUUUGUUUAGGCUUGGUAGACCGGAGGAAGGGUAUCGUGUUUUCAAGGAUAUAGUCGAGCGUGCUGAAAUGUAUCCUACGAUGGCAACAUAUAAUGUUAUGAUUAACGGGUUGUGCAAAUACGGGUAUGUUCAUACUGCUCUUAUGUUGUUUAGGAACUUGCAGCGUCACGGGUUUGUUCCUCAUGUGUUGACUUAUAAUGCGAUGAUUAAUGGGUUAUGUAAGGCUAGGAGGUUGGCGGAUGCGAGGAGGGUGUUAAGUGAGUUUUGCGAUUAUGGUUAUGAACCGAAUGCGAUUACUUAUACCACGGUUAUGAAGUGUUGUUUUCGGUGCGGGAGGUUGGAGCAAGGGUUGGAGAUUUUUUCGGAGAUGAGGAGGAAAGGUUAUACUUUUGACGGGUUUGCUUAUUGUACUGUGGUUGCUGCGUUGGUGAAGACCGGAAGGAUUGAAGAAGCGGAUGAGAUUGCUGAGAAGAUGACGAGUAAUGGUUUGGUGCUGGAUCUUGCUUCUUAUAAUACGAUGAUAAACCUUUUCUGUAGGCAAGGGAAGUUCGAGGAGGCGUUGAAGUUGGUGGAUGAAAUAGAGAAACAAGGAUUGAAAUGUGAUCAGUAUACGCACACGAUUAUAAUCCAUGGAUUGUGUAAGAUUGGCAAUUUCGCGGGUGCGGAGAAGCAUUUGGAUUACAUGAAGUCAUUGGGUUUUGGUUUUAAUUUGGUGGCAUUUAACUGCAUGCUUGAUUGUUUGGGUAAAGCUGGUCAUAUUGAUCAAGCAGUGAAGGUUUUUGAUAGUAUGGAGGCUAAAGAUUCUUUCACUUAUACUAUCUUGGUGCACAACCUUUGCAGGGCAAAGAAGUUCCUUUUUGCUUCCAAGCUUUUGGUUGCUUGUUUGAAAUCUGGUUUUCAGAUCUUAAAGGCUACUCAAAGAGCUGUUAUUAAUGGCCUAUGUACUGCUGGUUUUGUCAAUGAAGCUAGGAAAGUUAAGUCGAAAAUCCGGACGGCUCGAUUGAUGCGUUGA